AUGCAUGUACACGUACGCAUUUUUGUCAAGUACUUCCCAAGUAUGCCGAAUGCCUGUGGACGGACGCCGGCGUGGCCGAAUAAUGACGCGCGUCCGGAGCUGCAAACGCUACAUGGACGCAUUCUUCGCUUUGUGUUGCUGUGGCAUCUGUUCGGACUGUGGAUUGUCGGCCUGGCGUCGUUCGUAGGCAUGUGGCUGUUCUCGGGGUUCUGCAUACUGCGGUCAUUCUGGAGUUUGCUACAGAAUGGAGGCAGCUGGACUGCAGCCACGCCACUGCCUCUUGUUGUGCAGGUUUAUCUGGCUGGGAUAAUCAUGUACGAGAGCUAUCAUUUUGUAACGCGAGAUUCGCUGCAUGAAUGGCCGUUGAUGCGACGCAUGGCACGCUUUGUGUUCCUGCACUACCCGUACUUCCGACUGAACGCCGUGGUGUUCGAAGAGCGACAGGAGGCGAAACAGAAAGCCGAAAUACCAGAGCCAGAGCAGGAGAAGGAUAGCGAUUAUAUUGCAGACAAGAGCGACGACGCUGGACACUUGAAUUUCAAGACUGCAGUGGCAUCAAUCGAGGGGAACGAUGUGACUCCGUAUGUAGAGCCAGACAAGCGCGCGCUGUUCACGUUUCACCCUCACGGAGUACUUACGUGCGGAUUCUCGUUCAACGGCGCUCAUCACAUGGCCUUCCAGCGCGCGGCAUGCCGCUGGAUCUCGGCCGAGAACCUCUUUUACUUCCCGAUCAUGCGCGAUAUAUUGCACUGGAUGGAGUUCAGCAGCAGCGCCAAAGCCAGCAUGCAGAGCAUUAUGAGCACCGGCCAAAACCUUUGUCUUUUGCCCGGAGGUUUCGAAGAAGCCACGCUCUACCAGCGAGGAAAGCACCGCGUGUACAUCAAGAAGCGCUUCGGCUUUAUUAAACUCGCACUUCAGCAUGGCUACGAUAUUUAUCCAGCGUACACAUUCGGUGAAGAGUACACCUACCAUGCUUUCCCGUAUCUGCAGUGGCUGCGUUUGCAACUAAACCGGUUCCGAAUCCCAGGCGUCAUCUUCUUCGGAAUUCCGCUCUGCUUCUACAUGCCGCGCUCCGAUGUAGACCUCAUUACCGUCGUCGGCAAGCCACUGCGGCUACCACACAUCGAGAACCCCAGCAAAGAUGUGGUUAAGCAGUACCACGACAAGUAUGUCGAGGCACUGCGAGGACUAUUUGACAGCUACAAGGGUGUCUACGCCGUCGACCCAGACGCCGAACUAGAAUAUUUCUGA